AUUCAACGAUAGUGAUGACCUCCCGGUUACGUGCCUUGGGUGGAAGGAUUAAUAACAUACGCAGCUCAGAGUUACCCAAAGAGAAAACGCGAUCCGAAGUCGUCUGCACCGUCCGCUUUUUAGAUGGCUUGGUACAGACCUUUAAAGCCAAUAAACAAGAUACGGGUCAAGUUCUUCUGGAUCUGGCAUACAGCCACCUGGGUGUGACCGAAAAGGAAUAUUUUGGUUUACAGCAUGGUGAUGGCUCCGUGGACUCUCUCAGAUGGCUGGAAUCAAGCAAGCCCAUCAGGAAGCAGUUAAAAGGAGGUUUCCCCUGUACUCUGCAUUUUCGAGUAAGAUUUUUUAUACCUGAUCCCAACACACUGCAGCAAGAACAAACCAGGCAUUUGUAUUUCUUACAACUGAAGAUGGAUAUUUGUGAAGGAAGGCUAACCUGCCCUCUUAACUCAGCGGUGGUUCUAGCAUCCUAUGCAGUACAAUCUCAUUUUGGAGACUAUAAUUCUUCCAUUCAUCAUCCGGGCUAUCUUUCUGAUAGUCAGUUUAUACCAGAUCAGAACGAUGACUUUCUAACGAAGGUGGAAUCGCUCCAUGAGCAGCACAGUGGACUAAAGCAGUCAGAAGCUGAAUCUUGCUUUAUCAACAUAGCACGGACCCUCGACUUCUAUGGAGUGGAGCUGCACAGCGGUAGGGAUCUGCACAAUUUAGAUCUAAUGAUUGGAAUUGCUUCUGCGGGCAUCGCCGUCUACCGAAAAUAUAUUUGCACAAGUUUCUAUCCUUGGGUGAACAUUCUAAAAAUUUCUUUCAAAAGGAAAAAGUUCUUUAUACAUCAGCGACAAAAACAGACGGACUGCAGGGAACAUAUUGUGGCCUUCAACAUGUUAAAUUACCGAUCUUGCAAGAACUUGUGGAAAUCCUGUGUGGAGCAUCAUACAUUCUUUCAGGCUAAGAAGCUGCUACCUCAGGAAAAGAAUGUUCUGUCUCAGUACUGGACUAUGGGCUCUAGGAAUCCCAAAAAGUCUGUAAAUAACCAGUAUUGCAAAAAGGUGAUUGGAGGGAUGGUGUGGAACCCAGCCGUGCGAAGAUCAUUAUCAGUGGAGCAGUUAGAGACCAAGAGCCUGCCUUCUCGGUCCCCUCCAAUCACUCCCAACUGGCGAAGUCCUCGGCUCCGGCACGAAAUCCGGAAGCCACGGCACUCCUCCGCAGAUAACCUUGCGAACGAGAUGACGUACAUUACCGAGACCGAAGAUGUGUUUUACACGUACAAGGGCUCCCUGUCCCCAAAAGACAGCGAUUCCGAGGUUUCUCAGAACCGAAGCCCGCACCGAGAGAGUAUAUCCGAGAACAACCCCGCACAAAGCUGCCUGACCCGGAAGUCAUCCAGUUCUGUGUCUCCAUCUUCAAAUGCUCCAGGCUCCUGCUCCUCAGAUGGCGUCGAUCAGCAGUUCAUAGAGGCCUUCCACAGGGUGACCAAAGGGGGCUCCACCGAGGACUCCAGCCAGUACUGCUGUGACCAGAGUGAUAAUGGUGAUGGCUACCUAGUUUUGAUCCGCAUCACGCCAGACGAAGAUGGAAAAUUUGGAUUUAAUCUUAAGGGUGGAGUGGAUCAAAAGAUGCCUCUUGUGGUAUCAAGGAUAAAUCCAGAGUCACCUGCGGACACCUGCAUUCCUAAGCUGAACGAAGGGGAUCAAAUCGUGCUAAUCAACGGCCGGGACAUCUCAGAACACACCCAUGACCAAGUGGUGAUGUUCAUCAAAGCCAGCCGGGAGUCCCACACGCGGGAGCUGGCCCUGGUGAUCAGGAGGAAAGCUGUCCACUCUUUCACCGACAUCAGAUCUGAAGAUGAGCUGAGCCAGCUUUUCCCAGAGGCCGUUUUCCCCACGUGUCCAGAGGGGGGCGACACCUUGGAGGGAUCCAUGGAACAGCUAAAGAAGGGCCUCGAAAGUGGGACAGUGCUGAUCCAGUUCGAGCAACUCUACAGAAAGAAGCCCGGUCUGGCCAUCACGUUUGCAAAGCUGCCUCAGAAUUUGGACAAAAACCGAUAUAAAGAUGUGCUGCCUUAUGACACCACCCGGGUAUUACUGCAGGGAAAUGAAGAUUAUAUUAAUGCGAGUUAUGUGAACAUGGAAAUUCCUGCUGCGAACCUUGUGAACAAGUACAUCGCUGCUCAGGGGCCCCUGCCACAUACCUGUGCACAAUUUUGGCAAGUCGUCUGGGAUCAGAAGUUGUCGCUCAUUGUCAUGUUGACGACUCUCACAGAGCGAGGGCGGACCAAAUGUCACCAGUACUGGCCUGAUCCUCCUGAUGUCAUGGAACACGGCAACUUUCACAUCCGAUGUCAGUCAGAGGACUGCACCAUCGCCUAUGUGUUCCGAGAAAUGCUGGUCACCAACACCGAGACUGGGGAAGAGCACACUGUGACGCAUCUCCAGUAUGUCGCGUGGCCUGACCACGGCGUUCCGGACGACUCCUCGGACUUUCUGGAAUUUGUAAACUACGUGAGAUCCCUGAGGGUGGAUGGCGAACCGGUGUUAGUUCACUGCAGUGCUGGCAUAGGUCGUACUGGUGUGUUGGUCACCAUGGAAACAGCCAUGUGCCUGAUUGAGAGAAACCUGCCCGUUUACCCACUGGAUAUCGUCCGGAAAAUGCGAGACCAGCGUGCCAUGAUGGUCCAGACAUCAAGCCAGUACAAGUUUGUAUGUGAAGCGAUUCUUCGUGUUUAUGAAGAAGGCUUAGUCCAAACGCUGGAUCCCAGUUAAGACAACUGUGAAAACGUUCAUUCCUCUUCCCCAAGGGCAUUCUCCUUGAGGACGGACCUUCUCUCUGGAAGCAGCAAGGGGAAUGUGUAGGCUGUGGGGAAGGAAUGAGCACAUGUGAACCCAGGCACUUUAAAGUUCUGUAGAAGAGGUAUCGUGUACAUAGGAACUGUAUAGACACGCAUGCAGUUACAGCGUCCUUUAGGCCCCGUUACUCCUCAGAACGAGGUCAGCAAAAGGGGAUCUCAGUUUCGGGCCUGUCCUAUUGCCUUCCUCCCUCGACAUCACCAUGUUCCUGUAAACCAUCCUUGGGCCAUUGAGAGGGGACGCCGGCAAUGCUGUUGACCUCCCCAAAAUAAGCUGGUGUGGCUAUUGAGAGUCACUUGGAUGUUUUGUGUGUAUAUGUGUAUCGGACUCUAAGGGCUGAGCUUUCUGUCCUUCUAGGCGGAGCUGGAACCAUUAGCAUUCCCCUGCCCCGUGCGAGGGAAACCCUGAUGAAUGUACUAAAUGGCAGGGUGGGGGGAUUUCAGGCUGAAGAACUUCCUUCCUCUGUCCCGUCUCCCUGCCACGUCCCGUCCUCAUGUCUCUGAGAAUCCUGUCUAGAUGCCCUGCUUUCUCCCUGUAUUACUGACCCUCUUCAGGUGCUCACACAGUGCCUGGACCGGAUUAGUCAUGUAGCUUCGGGCGAGUUUUCAGUUGAGACUCUGAGAACGAGGACUCCCGGUGCGUCCUGUCACCUAUGCGUUCUUUUCAGGAGCAGGCGCUCUUUGCCUCUGCUUUGCCUCUUGCCGUACAUGCAGACCCCGAGACUGGAAUUAUGACUACUGAAUCUACUACAUGGAUUGCUGCUACUUCAAGCUACGUUACACUUGAAACAUGAUGAUUUUCCUGAAGGGAGAUGGGAUAUCAUCUAAACGUGCAGAAUCUUGGCCCUGCUGAGGAAAGAUCGAGUCACGGAGCCAUGGGAAACCCAGCUUCUGGAGGGUUGUCCGUGGAUGUGUGUGGAUGUGUGUGUGUGCGCCCAGGGUAAGUGUUUCUCAGGACUCCUAACUUGAUUCAAAUUACAGUUGAGUUUAUAUAAAGAAUGAGUCUCUGUAUAGAGGAACAAAUGUGUGCAUUCACCCUCAGCUACAAUGGUCUCCAUUUCAUUUCAAAGGAGAGGAUCAGGCUAUCUGAAUAUAAACACAAUUUGAUGUUAAUUUAUUCUAAGUACACCCUGAUUUUGAUUGUCCUGAAGAAUUCUGCCUUUGUUCAUACUGUGUUAAAUUUUUUAAAAAUUUGUGACAGGACUGUAGCAAAUUAUUAUUUAAGGAAAAUAAAUGACGUAAAAAUUUUAAUGUGGUAUUUUUAAAUAGCGGUUCUUAUGUAUCCUGAAGGACAAGGAAGCCAAGCCAGUUUCUUAAUGGGAUUUACAGAAAAAGGAUGCUUUUAUAUCAUAGUGCACAGAAGUGAAGCCAUUUUAAUGUUUAGCGAACUCUGGACCAAUUGAGUAGUUUCCUGGACACAAGAUGGAUAAAGACCCAUACGAUGGGAGGUGGGUUUCUAAAGGUUCUUUAUCUCCAGACUUAGCAUAGUUAAUUGCUAUGGUGCAGGGGUGCGUGGGAGGGGCUCCACAGCGCCCUGGCCGGCUGCUGUGAAAUAGGACACCACCUAAGCCCUCAGAUUCAGCUAACCAGCGGAACAAAUCAGGAAAGGUUGGAAUUAUGCAGUCGGAGAUUUGGUUCCUGGUCCCACUCGUCAAUAACUAGCUCUUGGCCCUGCCACUUACGAGUGCUGCCUCGCUUUCCUCUAUUUUCUGUAAAAUAGGAGAAACAAUGCAGACGCUGUGGGUUGAAUAUGAGGAUUGAGUAAAAUGCCAUCAGCAUGAGUUUUCGUCAGCUAGAAUCUGACACUGCUCCAGAGGCAUUACUUGGAAGAGUUAACGUACCAGUGAUCAGCCCAAACACCCAUGAAACAGAAGUAGAAUUGUAUGGAUUUUUCUAAGAGAAAACUUCUUGUGCUGAGAACAAAAGCACAAAGGGAUAUCCUCAUGCCAGUGCCUUCUUUCAGUCUGGACUCAGAAAAAACUCUACCAGUUAAGUCCCAAAAAAGAGGGGAAGGUGGAAAGCUGAGCUAAAUUUAAAUACCAUUGGGAUGUUUAGCAAAUCAUUGCCAUUUGAUACAAAUGCAUCAUCCCCCUGUAUGCAAGAAGCUCAAGAAGUCUAAAUGUGUUUAGAGAGUCGUGUUUUCUUUUAACCAAAUUAUUUAAUACAGUUGCAGAAAUGCUGUCAGUACUGUACAUAAACUUCAAAAAGACUUACUUGCAACUAGCCUUUUUCUGCCACUGUGCAGGCCAGAAGUUCAGACCCAGCAGAUGUUACGAGGAACAAAAUUUAUGAAAUACUAGGGAAGAACAAGACAAGAGAAUUAUCUAAAGGGGCAAAAUAUACAAGUAAAUAUGACUACAGAUACAACCUAUUAAAUUUUGUACCUCAGCAUUCCCGCUGCCAUACUUUAUACCUACAAACAAUUAUACUAAAGCCUUUUUUGGUCCUAAGUGAAGAGCAUCUGAAUCAUGGGAAAUAUGUUGCCUGAGAAAUUUGGCUGAAUAUGAACAGAGAGGACAUUUUACAUUUGUGUUUUGUUCUCUGGAAAUCUGAUCAGACCCAGUGAUGUGCUGACUUGAGAUGGGACAUCCCCCCCCCCCCCUGCCCCCGUCCCUCUGUCACACCUGCUUUUGGAGUUGUGGCUUCCUGGGGAAAAAAAAGAUUGAACUCCGUUUGGCUAGGGGAGGUCAGGAUGUGGGGUGUUCUUUCACCAACGUGUGCUGGUGUAUAAUUCCUACCACAGUAACUUAUAUUUAAAAAUCUUUUUUAAUUAAUUUUUUUAUUUUAAUUCCAGAUAGUUAACAUUAAAAAUGCUUUUAUUUAGAUUAGUGUAGAUGCUGUUUCUUUUGUGUGGCUACCUGAUAUUUUCGUUGUUGUUCCUCAGAAAUUACCAUUUGAGUGCAAAGAAAUAAAAAAGAAAGAAAGAAAGAAAGAAUUAUUUGAGUGAAAUCAACAGCCCUUUUCAUCCUUCAGAGGUAACAAAAGGUGACCUCAGUAGGGAAGGCUCAUAGGAGACCUAGACUCGGGUGAAUGCAUCAUCCUCAGGCCUCAAUUUCCUUAUGUGUAUAAAGAAGGAAUUUGGGCUGGACUAAAUGAGUUCUUUGGUUCUUUUCAACGUUUACCAUUCUGGGUGUCUGUAUUCAAGAGAAUAGAAAUUAAGCCUAAAUCAGAGCCUUAUAGGUACUGGAGAGAGAUGUGUCAUGUUUCCAUGGCUUGUCCAAGAGAUUGUUCCUCUGACCUUGGCAGGGUUGCACGCCAAGUCAAGGAUUGCCACCGUCUGAUUCUUGCCAUUCUGCACUGAGAUCAGAAUCAUAAAGAUGGCAAAGACUGACCUCAGCCUGACUCUGAGGAGCCAAACUCUGAGGAGUCUGAUGGUUGACUGUCCGCCAUCUUUGUAACCCACAUUCUGUUUGCAGCCAUGAAAAAAUUGGUGUUACGUAGUUUUGAAAAGUAUCUUAAUGAGCAAUACUUCAUUUCUGUAAAUUAGGGAUGUUUUCAAUUCUGACCUGUCAGUGACUCGACUGAAAAAGUUUGAUCAAUAUAAAAACAUUCAAACUAUGCAA